AUGAAAUUACAUUAUAAUGUAAUUAUUUUGAUUUCCUUUUCUCUCUUCCUUUUUCCACUUCAUCUGUUCGCGUUGCUCAGACUCAUUUUCUUACAUUUCAUUUUAAUCUUUAUUCUUUUUUCUUUCUUUUGCUUUUUAUUCUUUUCUUCUUUUCACUUCUACUUCGUUUUUAACCGAUUUUUUUUUCAAUUGUUUUUCUUUUUAUAUUCUUUAAUUUUAUCUCUUUCCAAUUCUUCCUUUCAUAUUGUUCCUUUUUUCAUUCUUCUAACUUUCUUUAGUUUCUUCUUUUUACUUUCUUUCUGGGCGAUUUUUUGCAUUCUUUUUUCUUUUCUUACUCCUCCCAAUUCAUUUUAUUUCUUUCUUUCUUGCUCUCACUUAUAUUACAGUCUCGAUUUCCUCUCUUUAUUUUUAUUCGUUUGCUUCUUUCUUUCUUUCUUUCUUUCUUUCUUUCUUUCUUUCUUUCUUUCUUUCUUUCUGUUACGAUUAACUCUAUUUCUCCCAAUUUCAUUUCUUUCUUUCACGAUUAAGUCUAUUCCUUCCACUUUUCUUUCUUUGUUUAUUUCUUUCAUUCUUUCUUUCUUUCAUUCUUUCUUUCUUAAAUCUACUUCUCCCAAUUUCCUUUCUUUCGUUUUUUUCUUUCAAUUUUUCUUUCAGAUCCUUUUUAGUUUUUCUUUCCCCCCCUCUCUUUCGAUCCCCCCUUCUGACCAUCAUUCCUCGACUUUCAGCCAUAUUCUCUCGUUCUUUGACUCCCAUCCAUAUUGUCUUAUUCCAUACAUUCUUAACUUCUUAAUAUAUCAUCAUCUUCUUCUUCUUCUUCUUCUUCUUCUUCUUCUUCUUCUUCUUCUUCUUCUUUAUAUUUAUUUCUCUUCUCUCUGCCAGCACUUAUCGCUAUUUUUCCUCUCUUUUUUUUCUCAAUAUUAUUUUUUUCCUCUUUUUUUCUAUAGUCGUUCUUCUUCUCCCAUCCAUAUUGUCUUCUUCCAUACAUUCUUAACUUCUCCUAAAAUAUAUCGUCUUCUUCUUCUUCUUCUUCUUCUUCUUCUUCUUCUUCUUCUUCUUCUUUAUAUUUAUUUCUCUUCUCUCUGCCAGCACUUAUCGCUAUUUUUCCUCUCUUUUUUUCUCAAUAUUAUUUUUUCCUCUCUUUUCUAUAGUCGUUCUUCGACUCCCAUCCAUAUUUCGUUCUUUCUCUCCAUUUUUUCUUAUUCUCUCUUUUUUUAUCUCUUCUUCUUAUUUUUCUUCUUCUUUUUUCUAUUCUUCUUCGUUCUUUAUAUUUAUUUCCUCUCAUCCAUUAUCCUUCUUAUUCCAUUUCUCAAUAUUCUUAACUUCUUCGAUAUAUCAUCUUCUUUCUUCUUCUUCUUCUUCUUUUUCUUCUUCUUCUUCUUCUUCUUCUUCUUCUUUUCUUCUUCUUCUUCUUAUAUUUAUUUCUCUUCUCUGCCAGCACUUAUCUUUUUUCCUCUUUUUUUCUCAAUAUUAUUUUUUUUUCUCUUUUCUAUAGUCGUUCUUCGACUCCCAUCCAUAUUUCGUUCUUUGACUCCCAUCCAUAUUGUCUUAUUCCAUACAUUCUUCUUUCUCCUUAAUAUAUCGUCUUCUUCUUCUUCUUCUUCUUCUUCUUCUUCUUCUUCUUCUUUAUUUUAUUUCUCUUCUCUCUGCCAGCACUUAUCGCUAUUUUUCCUCUCUUUUUUUUCUCAAUAUUAUUUUUUUCCUCUCUUUUUCUAUAGUCGUUCUUUGACUCCCAUCCAUAUUUCGUUCUUUGACUCCCAUCCAUAUUGUCUUAUUCUUCUUCUUCUUCUUCUUCUUCUUCUUCUUCUUCUUCUUCUUCUUCUUCUUCUUCUUUAUAUUUAUUUCUCUUCUCUCUGCCAGCACUUAUCGCUAUUUUUCCUCUCUUUUUUUCUCAAUAUUAUUUUUUCCUCUCUUUUCUAUAGUCGUUCUUCGACUCCCAUCCAUAUUGUCUUAUUCCAUACAUUCUUAACUUCUCCUAUAUCAUCUUCUUCUUCUUCUUCUUCUUCUUCUUCUUCUUCUUCUUCUUCUUCUUCUUCUUUAUAUUUAUUUCUCUUCUCUCUGCCAGCACUUAUCGCUAUUUUUCCUCUCUUUUUUUUUCUCAAUAUUAUUUUUUCCUCUUUUUCUAUAGUCCUCUUAUCUAUUUUUCCUCUCUUUUUUUUUUCUUCUUCUCAAUAUUUUUUCCUCUUUUUCUAUAGUCGUUCUUUGACUCCCAUCCAUAUUGUCUUAUUCCAUACAUUCUUAACUUCUUUUCUAUAUAUCAUCUUCUUCUUCUUCUUCUUCUUCUUCUUCUUCUUCUUCUUCUUCUUCUUCUUUCUAUUUUAUUUCUCUUCUCUCUGCCAGCACUUAUCGCUAUUUUUCCUCUCUUUUUUUCUCAAUAUUAUUUUUCCUCUCUUUUCUAUAGUCGUUCUUUUGACCCAUCCAUAUUGUCUUAUUCCAUACAUUCUUAACUUCUCCUUAAUAUCUUCUUCUUCUUCUUCUUCUUCUUCUUCUUCUUCUUCUUCUU